ACCCUCCCCCGAGUAUUAAAGAUCUUGAAAUUUUACUGUUGACAACAGCUAUUGUGGAACAGCAAUCAUGACCGUGGGUAAGAGUAGCAAAAUGCUGCAGCACAUUGAUUAUAGAAUGAGAUGUAUCCUGCAAGAUGGAAGAAUCUUCAUUGGCACCUUUAAGGCUUUUGACAAGCAUAUGAAUUUGAUCCUCUGUGAUUGUGAUGAGUUCAGGAAGAUCAAGCCAAAGAAUGCAAAACAGCCAGAGCGUGAAGAAAAACGGGUUUUAGGUCUGGUGUUGCUUCGUGGAGAGAACUUGGUUUCCAUGACUGUGGAGGGUCCACCUCCUAAAGAUACUGGCAUUGCUCGUGUGCCACUUGCUGGUGCUGCAGGUGGUCCUGGGGUUGGGAGGGCAGCUGGCAGAGGGGUACCAGCUGGUGUACCUAUUCCCCAAGCUCCUGCUGGAUUAGCAGGCCCUGUCCGAGGAGUUGGAGGUCCAUCCCAGCAGGUCAUGACUCCACAGGGAAGAGGUACUGUAGCAGCUGCUGCUGUUGCUGCUACUGCCAGUAUUGCUGGAGCCCCAACACAGUACCCACCAGGACGGGGAACUCCUCCUCCACCUGUAGGUAGAGCAACCCCACCUCCAGGAAUUAUGGCUCCUCCACCUGGUAUGAGACCACCCAUGGGCCCACCGAUUGGCCUUCCCCCUGCUCGAGGGACACCUAUCGGCAUGCCCCCUCCAGGAAUGAGACCCCCUCCACCAGGAAUUAGAGGCCCACCUCCCCCAGGAAUGCGUCCACCAAGACCCUAAGAUAUGGUUGAUAAAUAUCAGCCCUUCUAUUCCCUGGAAUGCAUCUUGUGAAAUUGUGUAGCCUGCAAGCUUUUUUGACCCCUCUUACUGCAUUAAUUAUAGAUAAUAAAUACAUAGAGCAAUUGAAUUGAG